AUGAGUAACCCAUCAGAACCUCAAUAUCUAGCCCAACGCCCAGGCCAAUGUUGCACCAAAGGUUUUCCUCACAGAGGCGAAUCCCGAGGCACCUACCAAACAAUCGCCGCAGUAGAAACCUACACAGUUCAUCCUCAUGAAGCACAGCACAAUGGCCACAUGCUCCUCUUCUUCGCAGACGUAACAGGAAUGAGCAUCAACAACCGCCUACUAAUGGAUGGCUUCUCCAACGCAGGAUAUCUCGUCCUCGGUCUAAAUUACUUUCAAGAUGAUCCAUUAGACAAGCACAAGCUACCAAACGGCCAAACCGAGCCUGGCUUCGACUUUGACGCCUGGGUUGACAAACACGUGAAAAGUGCCGCUGUUCUCGUUCCAAAAUGGCUAGCACAAGUGCAAAGCUUAUACGGCGCACACAAGAAAUACUGCUCCGUGGGAUAUUGUUUCGGUGCCCAAUAUGCUCUGAAUGCACUGGGCGAUGGAACCGCCUCGGUGGGCGCGUUCGCGCAUCCGGCGUUUCUGACGGAUGAGCAUUUUGCAAAUAUCAAGGGCCCGUUGUUUAUGGCAUGCUGUCAAGAUGACGAUACCUUUAGCUCUGAGUCACGCAACAAGGCAGUUGAGGUGUUGGCGAGGGAGAAGAAGGAUUGGCAGAUGCAGCUGUUUCCAAAGGUUGGACAUGGAUUUGCCUGUCGUGGGAAUAUGGAUGUUCCGUAUGAGCGAUAUGUGAAAGAGACGAGUUUCGCAGCCAUGGUAAAUUGGUUCGACUUUUGGCUUUCCCAGUAA